AUGGCAGCUAAGGAGCUCCUAAGGAAGUGGAUGAUGAGCACGGUGGCUGUGGGGGUGUUUCUGUCUUUGUUUAGUGGGGUUGGAGCUAAACCGCAAGUACCUUGCUACUUCAUUUUCGGGGAUUCGUUGGUGGAUAAUGGGAAUAACAAUGUGCUGCAAUCUUUGGCUAGAGCUGAUUACCUGCCUUAUGGGAUUGACUUUAAUGGUGGACCGACUGGAAGGUUUUCCAAUGGGAAAACUAAUGUCGAUGUAAUUGCUGAGCUCUUGGGGCUCGAUGAUUACAUACGUCCCUAUGCUACAAUCAGAGGCCAGGACAUACUCAAAGGAGUCAAUUAUGCUUCCGCAGCUGCAGGGAUUAGAGAGGAAACUGGACAACAUCUGGGAAUGCGCAUCAGCUUUAGUAGGCAGGUGCAGAAUCACCAAAACACGGUGGCAAAAAUAGUAGAUAUGCUGGGAGACGAGAAAUCAGCUGCAAAUUACUUAAGCAAGUGCUUAUACUCAAUAGGAAUGGGUAGCAAUGAUUACCUUAACAACUAUUUCAUGCCUCAACUCUAUUCCAGCAGCAGGCAGUUCUCACCAGUCGAGUAUGCUGAUGUUCUUAUUGAAUCAUAUGCCCAGAAACUCAGGUGUUUGUAUAACUAUGGAGCAAGGAAAAUGGUGCUAUUUGGGAUUGGGCAGAUAGGAUGCAGCCCCAAUGAAUUGGCCCAGAAUAGCCAAGAUGGCACAACCUGUGUUGAAAGAAUCAAUUCUGCGAACCAAAUAUUCAACAACAAAUUGAAAUCCCUCGUUGAUCAACUCAACAAGCAGCUGUCAGAUGCAAGGUUUAUCUACAUCAAUUCUUAUGGCAUCUUUCAAGAUAUCAUCAACAACCCUUCAGCCUACUGCUUUAAGGUCACUAAUGCUGGGUGCUGCGGGGUAGGAAGAAACAACGGUCAAAUUACAUGUUUGCCUUUGCAAAUUCCAUGCGAGAACAGGAGAGAGUACCUGUUUUGGGAUGCUUACCAUCCGACUGAGGCGGGAAACGCCAUUAUUGCAAGCAGAGCUUACAGUGCCCAAUCUGCAUCUGACGCUUACCCGAUUGAUAUUCGCCGCUUAGCUCAGAUCUGA